CAAGUCUCCGAGCAUGAGUUGACGACGAUGUUGCUUGAUGUGGGGUCGACUCGAAGGAUGCUACCAGGAACAACACCAUCGAUUUCGUCGUAUAGACGAUGUCAAUAGGUCUGCAUUGGGAAGAGCUCGCACCUCGGAUCGUCUACCCUGAACUCCUCACCGAAAGCGGAGGUGUCCAGGGGAGCUGACUGAAUGCUACACCCCUCAGAAUGGUAUUGAUGAAGACCUAUUCAUCACUUGAAUUGAGCUCGAUUAGUUGUUGUCACUUUCCAUUUCCCACUUUCUACCGCAACGAACUUAGCAAUGGACGUACCAGGCUUUGCAUUGAUCACCGGAGCGGGCUCUGGAAUGGGCCGCGAAUGCGCCAAAACAUUCGCACGAGACGGAGCUGCAGGCGUAGCUCUCCUCGACAUCAAUGCCGCCGCCUUGGAAGCAACAAAAGCCGAAGUCGAGCCGCUCUCCAUGAGGAAAGACUUCAAGAUACUCACUCAUAUCCUCGACGUAUCAGACGAAGUGCAAGUCAACCACGUUGUGCAAGACACAGCUCAGCAAUUCGGCAGACUCGACUACGUCGUCAACUGCGCCGGCAUCGGGCACAAGCAUAUUGGCGGCGCCGCGUUCGCUGAAACGCAAGACUGGCAGCGAGUGCUGGACAUCAAUCUGAAUGGGACAUUUUUUGUACUGCGAGCGGCGACGAGAAUCAUGUUGAAGCAAAGCCCGAUCAAGUCGACGAUUGACGGGCGAGAUCUGCAGCGUGGCUCAAUCGUCAACUUUGCUUCUGUCGCUGGCCUCACGGGCAUUCCGAUGUCCACGGCGUACUGUGCGAGCAAGCAUGCUGUUAUCGGCCUGACGCGGACUGCAUCGGAGGAUUAUGCCAGGCAAGGCAUCAAGAUCAAUGCCGUGUGUCCUGGCUAUAUGAGGACUCCCUUUACGAUGGGAAAUCCCGAGAUAGCGAAGAGUUUGGAGGAGCGGAUCAACUUCAUGACGCCUUUGGGUAGGUUGGGGGAACCGGGGGAGGUGGCUGAUGCGGUGGUGUACCUGAGCGGCGGAAGAUCCUCCUAUGUGGUUGGGUCCGCCAUGAUCGUGGAUGGUGGCUAUACCGAGCGAUAAAUGUUCGCUGCAAAUGAAACAGGAGAGAGUCUUGAAACGGUAAUCAAGGCUCAUGUUUCGACUCAUCCGCCGGUGCAGUUCCACGAUCGCCAGGCCGACACCAUGUUUCGUGAUCAACAUGAAAGUUUGCGUGAGAUUAGCGUUUGAUGUUUCAAGCAAUGCCGCAACGUUUUAAGGUCUAGAUGGAACGCGGUAAGAAAACGCGCUUGCACGCCUGUCUCGGCAGGCCCCGGCCAGGACCCUGACUUUUUAAAUGAAAGCCGGGGUUGUUUAGUCCAAUAAGGGGA